GUCUUUGGUUAAUUAUAAUCCAAUUAAAUUAUAAUUGUUUCUUUGAAUUAAACACACUGCACUUAAAAAGUGUAAUACUAGUAAGAUGACUAAAUUGAUGGAAGAUUCUAAAUAUAGUGAAAGUGAGGAUGAGUCUUCAAGUCUGAAACAAUUUGAAGCAACUGAUCUAUCCUUUGAUACAGUUCCUGAUUCUCCUAGCCUAAAGAGUAAAGUACAUGAAAUAGAGUCUUUGCUCUCUAAAAACCCAACCCCACCACUUCAAACUCUGAGAAAAUUUGCCUUGUCUGAGGGUGGAUUAGUUUGUGAUGAGUUGCGGAGAAGGAUCUGGCCGCGACUGUUAUCACUUGACCCAGGAGAUGCGGAGCCUCCACCUGACCAUGCCAGUCUUCUGGCCCAUCCCGAGUACCAGCAGGUGGUUUUGGAUGUGAACCGGUCCCUCAAACGGUUCCCACCUGGUAUACCGUACAGUCGGCGUGUGGCAUUACAAGACCAGUUGACUAUUCUCAUAUUACGAGUCAUCACCAAGUACCCGCAUUUACGCUAUUACCAGGGUUACCAUGAUGUGGCUGUCACAUUCUUGCUGGUGGUGGGGGAGGAUGUGGCAUUCCAGAUCAUGGAGAGAUUAUCCACAGACCACCUUAAGGAGUGUAUGGAGCCAACCAUGGACAAAACCUCGUACCUGCUCAACUACAUCUUCCCGCUGAUACAUCGACUUCACCCUGCCCUCUGUGAGUUCCUGGACAGGUCUGGAGUGGGAACGAUGUUCUGCCUUCCAUGGUUCCUCACGUGGUAUGGCCACAGUUUGAACCGGUAUCGAGACGUGGUGAGACUGUAUGACUACUUCAUAGCUUCUCCUGCUCUACUUCCCCUUUACUUGGUAGCCACAAUCGUGGUGCAUCGGCAAGACGAAGUGUUCCGGACAGAUUGUGACAUGGCUAGUGUCCACU